CGGACGCGAAGUGAGUGAAAAGACCGGGAAGCGCCAACUCCACUUGAGCUCGAAGCCUUCAACUGUACUAACAUCUCUCGUUAAUGGAGUUUACAGCUUCUUCUUAUUCUUCGUCUUCUAGGGUCUUGAAUAGCAUCAACCACUUCUCAUGUUCAACAACACCCAGACUCCAAAAAUCAAGCUUCUUUAAUCCUUCAAAUGCUUCUAUUGGCUUGUCAGCACCAUCUUUUCGUGGGGACUUCUCUUGCAAGUGCACUCUGAAAGACACCGGUCGUUCUAUUCCUAAGAUGGCUACGCGUGAUUUUGAGCUUUCAAAUUUGACGGCGUUGUCGCCUUUGGACGGUCGUUACUGGGGUAAAGUGAAGGACUUGUCCCCUCAUUUGAGUGAAUACGGGCUAAUUUAUUAUCGGGUUCUAGUUGAGGUUAAAUGGUUGCUGAAACUCUCGCAGAUUCCUGAAAUCACUGAGGUUCCCAACUUUAGUGAAGAAGCUCAGAUUUUUUUGCAAGGAUUGAUUAAUGGGUUCAGUAUGGAUGAUGCCCUGGAAGUUAAAAAUAUUGAGAAGGUGACAAACCAUGAUGUAAAAGCAGUGGAAUACUUCUUGAAAAAGAAAUGCCAAUCACAUCCGGAGAUUGCUAAGGUGCUUGAAUUUUUCCACUUUGCUUGCACAUCUGAGGAUAUCAACAAUCUGGCUCAUGCAUUAAUGCUUAAAGAAUCAAUGAACAAGGUCAUAUUUCCUGUAAUGGAUGAAUUGAUCACUGCAAUAUGCAAUAUGGCUGAAGAUAAUGCUUCCAUUCCAAUGCUUUCCCGCACUCAUGGACAGCCAGCUUCACCUACAACUUUGGGAAAGGAAAUGGCAGUUUUUGCUGCCAGGUUAAGUGAACAAAGGCAGGAAAUUUCUCAAGUUAAGAUAAAGGGGAAGUUUGCUGGUGCAGUUGGAAAUUACAAUGCACACAUAGUUGCAUAUCCUGGUAUUGAUUGGCCCCUAAUUGCCAAGGAGUUUGUGGAAUCUCUAGGAUUGUGUUUUAAUCCCUAUGUUACUCAGAUUGAACCACAUGAUUAUAUGGCAAGACUUUUUCAUGCAAUUAUGAGAUUCAACACCAUAUUAAUUGAUUUUGAUAGAGAUAUAUGGGGCUAUAUAUCCUUAGCCUACUUUAAGCAGAUAACUAAGGCUGGUGAGAUUGGGUCCUCAACAAUGCCUCACAAAGUAAAUCCUAUUGAUUUUGAAAAUAGUGAAGGUAAUCUUGGUAAAGCCAAUGGGGGUUUAUCUCAUCUCAGUGAAAAGUUGCCUAUUUCACGUUGGCAGCGCGAUUUGACUGAUUCAACUGUUUUGAGGAAUAUGGGGGAGGGCUUGGGACAUUCUCUUCUUGCCUACAAAAGUGCAUUGCAAGGAAUAGGGAAGCUUAAGGUAAAUGAAAGUCGUCUGAGUGAAGACCUGAACCAAUCAUGGGAAGUGCUUGCUGAACCAAUACAGACAGUAAUGCGACGAUAUGGUGUUCCUGAGCCUUAUGAGAAGCUAAAAGAGCUAACCAGAGGAAGAGCUGUUACUAAAGAGAGUAUAAGAGAAUUCAUUGAAGGCUUGGCAUUACCAAAAGAAACAAAGUCCUACCUUUUGGAGUUGACACCCCAUACCUAUGUUGGAGCAGCUAUUGAACUGGGUAAAUCUGUGAAUGUCACAAUGAAUUUAAUAAAUGGGGUGAGAGCUUUAUAAACUGAUAUCUGAAGGUUGCCCAGGAUAAUCACCAUGCAUGAUCGCCAGCAACUACUAGGCUGCGACAUGGAUCAUGAUCGGGUAUGAUAUGGUUUUUAAUAGGAUUAAAUUUGGAGGAGAAAGAGGAUAUCAGAUUUCCUGCUUAAAGAAUGUGUUUGUUAUUGAAAGUGAAUGAUACCUCAUAUGUUACCAUAAUAGAGUUAUUACUCCCUUGUUAUCCCUCAAAUUAGGGUCCUGAAGGGGGUAAUUUUUCUGAGUUGUACUUCAAAUAUUUUUAUGAGAAACAGUAGCACUUGGGACUCAAACAGUGACCAGCGAGGGCCGAAUUUUUGUAAAAGGUGUACACUGUAUUGAGCUUAUAAUCAAUGCUUAGGUUUGAUUUGCA